UCACACACGCCGUCGUACUGCUGGGAUGUAAUGUUAAAAUUGUAAUGUAAUGUUAAAAUUGUACAAGUCAUUGGCGAGACCAAAUCUGGAAUAUGGUGUACAAUUCUGGUCGCCCAAUUAUAGGAAGGAUGUCAACAAAAUAGAGAGAGUACAGAGGAGAUUUACUAGAAUGUUGCCUGGGUUUCAACAACUAAGUUACAGAAAUAGGUUGAAUAAGCAUAGGUCUUUAUUCUCUGGAGCGCAGAAGGUUAAGGGGGGACUUGAUAGAGGUCUUUAAAAUGAUGAGAGGGAUAGACAGAGUUGAUGUGGACAAACUUUUCCCCUUGAGAAUAGGGAAGAUUCAAACAAGAGGACAUGACUUCAGAAUAACAUCCCUCAGUACAACACCACUCCCAAUCAAGAUCUGACUCCACCUUCAGGGACAUAUGUACCUGUACUUCCGGAUCCCUCUACUCUACAACAACCCCUAUGAUGCCACUUUCAAUGAAAGCUCUACCAGCAUUUCAUGAUCCAUCUGUUCUUCUACUUUCCCGAUCUUCCUGUGAUGGUACAUUUGGUGAAAUAUGUACCUGUACUCCAAGAUCUCUCUACUCAACAACAUUCCCAACCUACCUGUGACACCGCUUUCAGGGAAUUGUGUCCAAUUACCCCUAUGUCCCACUGGUGUACAGGUUUACAGGAUUCCUUUAUUGUCAUUCAGACCGAAGUCUGAACGAAAUUUCGUGCCUGCAGUCAUACAUACAUACAAUACAAUAAAAAAACAACAAUAAACACAUAUUAAUAUCCACCGCAGUGAGUCCACCUAGAACCUCCUCACUGUGAUGGAGGCAAAAGUCUUAGAUACAACAUCCAUCUUCCUGCAACACCACCUUCAUGGACCUAAGUAACUGCGUACCGAGAUCCCUCAGCUCUACAACUAUCCUUUUUAACCUAUGUUUCCACAUUCUGAGAACUAUAUGCAUGUGCGCCUCACUCCCUCUGUUCUACAACACUCCCCAGAGGUGUGUAGAUCCUGCCCAUUUGGAAUUUUCAAAAUUUAACACCUCACGUUUUUCUGUGCAUGUGAAUGUUUUAUGGCGAUAUUUGUUGUUUCAGAACUUCCGCCUCCACCGACUAUCUCCAAGACUCCUGACUAUCCCGUGUACGUGUCUGGAGAAUCCAUCACCAUCACGUGCGCUAGUUCACGGCGGGACACGGCGGGGAGGUUUCAGUUGAGAAAAGACUCCAACCUUCUCACAAGCAGCACGGGAAGUGGCACGACGUUCACCCACCGGAUCACAGACUUAAGGGCAGACGUGGACAACACCUACACAUGUGUCAUGGUGUUGCACGCUUCCGCUCGGUGGCUCCCGUCCCCUCCGAGCCCUGCGAUCUACAUUCGUGUCGCAGAACGCCCGCGUCCACCGACUAUCUCCAAGACUCCUGACUAUCCCGUGUAUGUGCCUGGAGAAUCCAUCAUCCUCACGUGCGCAAGUUCACGACGAGAUACGGCGGGGAGGUUUCAGUUGAGGAAAUCCUCCAACCUUCUCACCAACAGCACGGGAAAUCACACGACCUUCACCCACCGCAUCACAGAAUUAAGGGCAGACAUAGACAGCACCUACACCUGUGUCAUGUUGGUGCACGUCUCCGCUCGGUGGCUCCCGUCGCUUCCAAGCCCAGUGGUCCAUAUACGUGCCACAGGUUAGUCACACACGCCAUCGUCGUGGGAUUUAUUCAGAGGGGGAUUAUAGUGCUUAGUGUGAUGGAGCUCGGAAACAAACCUGGUUAGUUUAAUCCAGACUGCUUUCAUUUAGAUUAUUGAGUUUACUUCUGUUUUAUUUAGUUUUGUUCAGCUCACAGUUUCUGCGAUUUAGUUUUGUAUGUUCCAGUUUAAUUUAAUCCAGUUUAGUUUACUUCAGUGUAAUUUAGUUUAGUUCAGCUCACUUUCUGUUGCGAUGCGAUACAAUAGAUCCUUGGGAGGGAAAUUGGUCUGCCAACAAUCAUGAUACACAAUAAGAUACAUUAAGUUAAGUAACGAGUGAUAAGUCCAGCAUUGAGGAU